UGGAUCUCAUCUCUUCGAGGCGACCAAGGUGUGCACCGCGUCGCGGCACCCUCCGUGAUCUCGAUCGUCGCCUACUGGUCGGUAUCGGUUGAUAAUCAAUCGUUCAUUUUGCACCGGACCGUCACUGAAAGCUGCGAAUUCUUGUGGUGAAACGAAACACGUGUUAUGGAUGUUCACACGACGAAUGUGACGCAUAUUAAUUCGCAGUACACGGUUCCACUUGAUCCCAAGUGUAGUCUUUCAAUUCUCAGCCUCGUAUCAGACAAUUUACGGGACGCUUUAUAAGAUAUGUUGCUUAGCUGCAUCAAGUUACACUAUAUGUGCACUCAAAACAUGAAGUAGAUACACAUUUGCUACUUGGUGGAAGAGAGAAGAAAAUAAAGAGUUUAGAAAAUAGUUCAGAAAGUGCAGCUAUAACGAACAGACCUAUUGAUCUUGAAGUAUAUUUCCACGCACGUCGUUGAUGACCUCAUCACAUAGCUAGAAUGAAACGUCUAAUGGAUUCCAUCUAAGUUCUUAUUCUGAAGUUUAAGUAACAUUUGACGUUACGUGUGCAAGAAUCCUAUAUACAGCAUCUAUGAGUAGAUUCUCUUCGCAGGAGUCAAAGGAGAUGCGACAUCAUACUCCACUACGUCAAAGGAAGAUUCCGGAAGGAUUUGUAUGAUGUGGGAUGUUCAUCAAGACAAGAAUGUACAUGUUACUGUGUUAUAACGGAAAGGUGCAAAUAAGAAUCACUAAACAAUUAAGAGUUAGUUAUAAGAGAGUUAAAAAAAUUCAUAACAGAAGUGCAAACGGAACUGGUGAAUUCAAGAUAAAAUCGAAGCACAAUAAGAGAUCAACGCGACACACCCUCACUUCUUUACAGCCAUGAAAAGGAAUCCACAGCCUUCAUCAGUACGUAAAUCGAGAAAAUCCUAUCUAAGAGUCAAAUUCUUAAUCGUACAUUGCUAAUUAUUAAUCGACAAGACAGAAACGCAACAACCAGGUUGAGAAGACUGACAAUUGGAACAAAGCUCGGGCGUUCCUAGUUAAAAUAUUGAAGAAGAAAAGAACAAAACCAGGUUAACUCCACCAGGUUCUCAGGCCGGAGAGUACCGACGCACUUUCUAACUGAUUCCCACGAGUUCAACUUGCCAACCCCUGCGAAUGUUCACCUCACACCCUUCUCGCCCGAUCUACCCCGAUGUGCAGACAGCGAAGCUUUUUUGCGCGCAGGUCGGGGGCGGUCGCUGCGGCCAGACUCGCUCACUGACUGUAGGGCCCGUGGGGGGAUGGGUGCGGGAGUUGUGAAGGAAGCAGUGACGGUGGACCAGAGUGAGGCAGCAUCACCGCGCCCGCAUGGAACGCGGCGACGAGGCCGAUCGGGCACCGCCGGCCAGGAUUGGCCGGGGCCCGAGUAUGGGGGCGGCCUGGCCGGCGCGUCGUCGAAAAUAUAAGCCUGUGUGAGUGGCGGCUGAUUAGCCAGAGUCCGGGACGGAGUAGUGGCGCGAGAGUGGUGUCCCGAUAACGAGAAGAGAGGACACGUUCAGGGAGAGAGCGAGCGGAUGCGCACGGGGAGUCGGCUCUCCGCGGCUCGCACAGGCGGAGAGGUGGUGUGAAGCAGCAACAGCACGUCGUAGUCGUAGUCGUUCCCGUCGUUGUCAUCGUCGGUUCAGUCGGUCUACCAAGGUCCCGUCCGAUCGGCGGGACCAACGAGCGCAUCAGUAUCGUGCGAGUUAACGCCGCUUAAAACUAAUCAAAAUUAAUCACAAGCCGGCCAACAAUUGAUCGCAAUUGCCACGGACUUCGUGUUAUUGUCGUCGUCGUCGUCGUCGUCGACGUCGUGGCCAUCGUCGCGGGUCGUCACGGUGUGCGUAUGAACGGACAAUCGGCGAUUUGCUUCUUCCUUCUUCCGCGACGAGGCCGGCCCACCGGGAAGCGGCAAGAGCCGCUGAAGCAGCGCGCUCGAUUAUGAGCCGCGAGAAGCAGUCAACGGUCGGCGUUGCUCUGGGAUUUUAAUUUAAUCGAGGUGGUCGACACCCCGCAAUCAAAACCUACUCUCGACCGGCAGACGUCAGUUGAUGGAGGCAGUGAAGAGGAAGAAGAUACUUCACGACAGAUUACUUCAUGAACGCAGCGAACGAUGGACUACGACAACCGUAAUUGCAUUUCGGAUUAACCGGCUCAAUUAAUUGGGAUCCAAUCACCUGCAAUUCGGAUCAAUCGUUAGCGCUGGUGAACGUUAUCAAGGUUACCGUUCAGUGGCGAAUAUCCGUAUGCUUCACCGUUUAUGGACGUUCCAGAGGAUUUCGAUACUUCGCAGCCACGUCGGAAUAUUCGAUUGAUCCCAAUACGUUCCCGCGAUUUUCUAUUUUCGGGCAAGAGGAUUUUCGUCGCGUCUCUUCACUGAUCCGGAAGAGUGCAUUGGACACAUCGAUUUAACGGCAACUGGUAGCUCCGAGACGUUAACUUGAAGUCAUGAUUUCAUGGGAGACGCCUUCACACGAAGCCCUUCGGGAAGAAUCAGUCACCAGAAGUCGUUAGAAGUGCGAAUCGUUCUGAAACGUCACGAUCCGAUUGCAGUACAGCUGAAGCCUCCCAAAUUCCCGCUUCAAAUUAAGGGGUCGUAAUUAUACGUCACUCACGACGAAAAACACUUUGUAUUUAAACGACGCUGAAGAGAACCACCUGUGAAGAUGGAUGGCGCUCCCUUCGACGACCCGAUCUUCUCGGACUUCGGAGCGCGCGGCGGCAGCGGGGUCCACAGCAUCCAAGUGAUGUUGGGCCUGCACGGCGGUCAUCACGGCGGCGAUCUGAUGCCGAGCGGCGGUCACAUCCACAAGCUAGACUCGCCCAACAGCCCGUCGGCGCAUCAUCAGCAUCAUCAACUGCAACAGCAGCAACAGCAACAGCAGAAGGAGCUGAAGGAACUCGAGUUGUCCGGCAUGUACGCGCCUAUGGCGCAGGCCCAAGACGUCACGACGUCCACGACAUCCGGCAACGUUACGCCGACCUCGACGACGCUGCAGCAGGGUCUGCAGCUGGGUAAUGCGCUCGGCAAGAGGAAACCGGACGAUCCCAUCAACGCGCUCGCUCCUGUCAGUAGCGAAGCGCAGCCGGCCAAGAAGGACUCGAAGAAGAAGACUGACAGUAACAACAUUAAGAAGAAGAAGACGAGAACGACCUUCACGUCUUUCCAACUGGAGGAAUUGGAAAGGGCCUUCGAACGGGCGCCUUAUCCGGAUGUGUUUGCACGCGACGAGCUCGCGAUGAGGCUCUCCCUGUCGGAGACACGCGUGCAAGUGUGGUUUCAGAACCGUCGCGCGAAGUGGAGGAAGAAGGAACCGCCGCGCAAGACUGCCGGCUACAUGGCCGCAGGAUCGGCCAGCCCCGGUCUGUCAGGUUCCUUCACAUCUCUAAACAACACCCUGAACCCGUUCGCGUCGCCGACUACAGCGGCAGCGCCGCCAGAUGCGUGGCCGUACUCUCCCGCAUACGACUUGGCGCCGCACCUGAACCUGCUGAGCCCAUCCAACUCGCCGUACUCGACGUCCACGUUCGGCGGCGGGCCCGGAGGCGGCGGCAACGGUGGCGCUUACUCCUACGCCAGUAUGCUGCCGCAGCACGACGCGGCGGCGGCCGCGCUGUUCUCCGCCCCAGCAGCGGCCGGGGCGAACGCGAUGCGCGUUCACCAGGACUACAUGAGCCCGGCCGGCGGCGGCGGUGGCAGCCCGCCACCGCCGCCGGGUCCAGGGCCGCUCACCCGCGCCGACUACCAGACGAUGGUGACGACGCACUCGCCGCCGGGACACCAUCUCGGCAACUCGGGCAUGUCCGAGGACGAGCACGGCGGCGGAUGCCUCGCCGACAAAUACGCACACGAACAGGCCGACUACGGCCAACAACAGCAGCCUCAGCAGCCGGCGGAUCAAAAGCCGGACUACGGCAUGCACUCGCCGCAGGCGCGCCAAGCGAUGAAGGAGCACCAGGUGAUGGUGAAGAGCGAGCCGAACAGUCAGCAGAGCUACGUGCAGCUGCCUCCUUUUCUGAACUGACUCGCGGCCUCUUACGCUCUAGAUCACUUCUAAGCGAUCACACCGCACCCAGGCGCGAUCCGCCUUCGUCGGUGUCUCACGAGCGCGACGAGUAUUAGAGUCCAUGGUACGCGGGCUCCAAAAUUGAUAUCUUAUUUUCGUCCUAUUAUAACGAAGAUGCGCAACUGGCUCUCCUCGGAAGUCAGUCGCAGUUGCUUCUUAUGACGACGCGCAGGUAACUUCUUCAGCGAGCCGCCGGAGAUCACGUUGAUGUCUAGCUGUAGCUGUUCAAAUCGAAGACAUCGGCGAGUCGACUCAGCCGACGGUGCGUCGACGCGAUACCGCUGGAAAAGCACAUGUAAUGAGUAAUGGGAAAUAAAUCAAUUCGAGCUUGAACGUCCGCGAGAAUCUAUGAUCGUCCUCGCAAACGAUCGCGAAGAGUCGCGCGAGAAGUUUUAUCUUUGGCCAAAGCUAGCGUGGUAUUUUAUGUAUAAGGACACAUCACAGAGACAGAAGAAUAUAAAAUAUCGUUUUAUUUAAAGGAAGGGAGUCGAAGAAGUUGUAUCUUUACUGCUGUUACUUCUUAUCCCGAAACGUGCGAUUGAAACUAGGAUUACGUGACCAUGUCCGCAGCAAUUUUUCGUGAUUACGGACCGUUCCAUUUGCUUCUGGAAAAAGCUUCCUCGAGCCGAAGCGCUCAGAAGACACGAGCGCGCCGAGUCACGCGAUGCGAGUCACGAGGAAAAUGAAGCCAAAGUUGUCGCUCUUCGCGUGUUCGGCUCAACACAACGAAGCCGGGGCUCGGUUCGCUCGUAUCUUCAACGUCACAGUAGCGAAGAGCGAUGAUGUCCUUAAGUUAACUCAGCUAUUGACGGAACGUCGCAAGUCCGAAAAAAGGAAAAUGCGUCAUUGCAGAUUCGUAAUAAUUCGAUUCGACAAUGUUUACGUGCCUUUGAAGAAUAAUUAACGCCUCACGCAGUGCCUUUAUAUAAGAAAUGUGAAUUUUAAUCAGAAUAAUCUCUCUCUUUCUUGCCUUGUAUCGCGAUAUAUUCGAUUUCUAUAUGGGAAUAAUUUGUAAUAAAUGAAUGAGUGAUGAAACCAA